CACUGACGCAUGUACCUAUAGUGCGACAAGAUUUUUUGAGAGUGAAAGUUACAAAAGUUCUGGAUCCACUUAAAAAUCCUCCCUACUGCUCCAAUAAAUAAAAAUUCGUCAGUAACGAGGUGAUCAGCAAAACAAUCUAUUCAUUUAAAUUAUUCAAUAAUGCACAGAAUACUAGAACUUUAUAGUGGAAUAGGUGGCAUGCACUGUGCAUGGAAAGAGUCACAAUUGGAUGGGGAAAUAGUAUUAGCCAUUGAUAUUAACACUGUAGCAAAUGAAGUUUAUACUUACAACUUUCCUGAAACUUGUCUUUCAAACAGAAAUAUUCAGUCGUUGACUGCUAAGGAAAUUGAAAAACUUAAUGUUAACUCUGUGCUUAUGUCUCCACCCUGCCAACCAUUUACUAGAAAUGGUAAAUACUUGGAUGAAAAUGAUCCUAGGACCAAUUCAUUUAUUUAUCUGAUUCAAUUAUUGUCUGAGCUAAAUAAUAUUGAAUAUAUUUUAAUGGAAAAUGUCAAGGGUUUUGAACGUUCGACAGUAAGGAAUUUAUUUAUUGACUCAUUAAAGGCUAAUGGAUUUAGUUAUCAGGAGUUCCUUCUCUGUCCGUCUAAAGUUGGAGUUCCCAAUUCCAGAUUAAGAUAUUAUUGUAUUGCUAGAAGAAGCAUUUCAGGAUGGCAUUUUAAAAGGAAAGAAGAAAUUAUCACAAGUCUCCCUCAUGAUUAUGGUCUUCCAAAUACUCUAGAAGAUAUUCUACAAACAGAUGUACAGGAUAUGUACUUAUUAAAUGACAAAUUGUUAAAGAGAGCAAAUGUAUUAGAUAUUUGCUAUAAGCAUUCCAGAAGGUCUUGUUGCUUUACCAAGGCUUAUACACAUUAUGCAGAAGGUACAGGAUCAGUCUAUACAGAAGCAAAUGAGCAGCAGGUUGAAAAAUGCUAUAAAAUGGCAAACACAUUUGACGUAAGCAGUAAACACUUUAUCGAGACAUUAAAAGAAUUGAAACUGAGAUUUUUCACACCCUGUGAAGUUCUUAGACUAAUGAGUUUUCCUCAAAAUUAUAAGUUUCCUUCAAAUGUAACAACAAAGCAAUGUUAUAGGUUAUUAGGCAACAGUGUUAAUGUUAAAGUCAUAAGUGAACUUUUGAAGAUACUUUUUGACUAAUUAAAUAAUACUUUUA